UGCUCGAGCUGCGUUUGGUUUUGAGUUUCAGUUUCAGUUCCAGUCGCUUGUUGUCUAUCGUUGGGUUGUAAUCGUCUGUGCGCAUUGUAUGCCGAAAUUUUUGCAAGCAGCAAAGUGUGUUUUUCAAGCAAAAUACAACAAUAACAAAAUAUUAUAAACUAUUAACGCCAACUGCUUGCUGUUCGUUGAAUUUGUGAAUUGAAUACAAUUUAAACUAAAAUGCAGUACAUUUAUAUGAUUAGCGCGCUAAUUUUGGCAAUUGCUGUGCAGCAAGGACUUGCCAUCAAAUGCUUUGUGUGCAACAGCCACAAGGACGCCAACUGUGCAUUGGAUAUACCGCCCGAAAAUUUGCUCAAGGACUGCCAGGAGGAUUACUCCACACGCGGCAGAGGCAUAUCCACCUAUUGUCGCAAGAUUACGCAAAUUAUUGAGUUCUCUGUGAAUAGCCUGCCACCAGAUAGCCGCGUCAUACGCACCUGCGGCUUUCAGAAUCAAACAAAGAUCAACUAUUGCUAUCAGCGCGCUGGAUUCGGUGGACGUCAGGUGGUCUGCUCCUGUGAUACGGAUCAAUGCAACGGCGCCACAGCGCUGAGCGGCGUCUCCACAUUGGGCUUGGUGGGCGCUGCUGCGCUUAUUCUGGCUGCCUGCCAGUGGCUGCAGCGUUAAGGCGACAGUAUCGCUAUUUGUUAUAAUUUUCAUUUACAAAUUAUUCAAGUUUUUUUUUUACAAUCAGUCCCACUGUUUUUUGUGUUUGCUCUUGUUUGUCGAUAUUCCGUUGCUAUCAGUUAAAUGCUCUCUCCUCACUCUUUCUCUCUCUACACGCUCAAUCGGUAGCAACAUUUGCUCAGCGUAUUGUUUUCACAUCGUCGAAAUGUCAAAUGG